GGUUGGCAAGCGAAGGGGCUUGCCACCGUUCUUGGACCCCCCGUCUACUGUCACGUACCAUCGGCGCAAGACAAAAUUGUUGAAUCGAGUUAGGGGGGGUGGAGUGUAGGAGUGUGUCUCGCCGCUGCUGCUACACUACCCGAGAAGGCGGAGGAACAGGCACAACUGGAUCAGUCGACAUAUCAUCCUUGUCCGCCUUGCCUGUGUGGACGAUCUGAUAUAUUAGGCCGCUGCCGUCCUACUCUCCUAGACUCCUAGUCGUGGAUCCAUAUUCAUUCCAUCACGCUCUAGGUUCAAUCUCCAACUCGCCAAACUCCAGAUAUUCCAAGUACUAGAAAACGAAACGAAGAUUCAACCCCACGAUAACUCAGCUUUGCAUGGCGAGACUAUAUGCCUUUCAGAUGGGAGACAUGGGUAAUUUCUCGGAUUCUGACUAUCGCUACCACCACUGCGACGAGAACAACUACCAGCCAGAAGUGGCCAACUCGUCAGGGCCCAUGAGCCCCGUAUCCUCACCUCAUGUGAGUUUGACGAUCACCGACCUACCGCGGCUUUUUGAGCUUCCGUUUCCGCAGAGAUGCCUCUUCUGUGAAGGAGAAGACGGCAGAACAGAAUGCGCGCUGACUGUUGCGAGCCUCAGUUUGCGACAACAUUCCAUUCAGACGCGGAUGCCUUGAUGGCCUGCUUGAGGGUUUACCCAGACUCCACGAGCUCAAGAGCAGCGUCGUACUCCCCACAACCGCC